AUGGACACUCCUCAAGACAGACGCCAAAGUUUCCAUAAACUUCUGAGUCUGGGAUCUGAGGAGGGACAGGAACAACAGCAUGGUAGGAAGACAGUGGUCUCCAAGGCUGGAGAGGGAGGAGACAAGAAAGGGAUUGUAAUAGGCGGGCUUGCUCAGGAUUGGCUUGAUCAGGGUGAACUCACUCAGGGUGAGGUUGCUGGAGGCAAACUUGCUCAAGAAGAGCCUGCUCAGUUCAUUCUCACUCUGGAAGCCAGAGGAGUAGGAGAGGAGGGAGAAAAGAGGGAAGAAGAAAUGGAGAUAAGACAUGCUGGUGAUGGUGCUUCUGGCACCGAGGAUGACAACAUCCAUCGAGAAGGUGGCGAAGGCAGCAAUGAUCAACAAGAACCUCAGCAAGAGGCAGCGAUUCCUGAAGGUACCAGGAGUCAACAGGCUUGGAACAGUCUGGUUCACCAGAGGUACAGCCUCACCAGGUUCACCCAGUCUCAGCUGCAUGAUCUGGAGUGCCUUUUCCAAGAGACUCGCUACCCCAGCCCUCAAGGAAGGAGGCAUCUUGCACGAUGUAUGGGUGUGGAAGAAUGUGAUGUGCUGAAUUGGUUUCAGAUGAGGAGAUCCUUUUACAAGAGAAACAGGAGACUCCUCGUACUCGGCUAUCUGUCACCGAAUCCCCAGAGUGACUCUCCCUGA